GUGAGCUUCUCGGAAGCUGCCUGGGAGAAGAAACUCAAGGCCGGCCCCACGCGCAGAGUGUACGAACCAACCGAGCCAGAGCAAGCUCGCCCUCGCUCACUUCACUCUCACUGACCGAGAGUGAGAGCGAGAGCGAGAAAGAAACCACCUUGGCGGCGGCGGGGCCUACGCGCUCGUGCUCCUGCCGGCCCUGCUCCUCCUCCCCGCAUAAAUCCCCCAAAACCCCGGCCCGCCGGCCGGCCGCGUGGUGGCUCUCAUCUCCUCUAGCUCAGCCAGCGCGCAAUGCAGAACUUUUUUGGGUGGCUCGCGCACGGCGGCGCCGUCCAGCUCCCGCGGGCCAGCCAUCCGGUCGUCCACCCCGCUCCGCCGCCUCCCGUUCCGGAUGCUGCGGCACAGGCGCAGCCGCAGGGACAGGGCCCGCCCCCGCCCCCGGCUCCGGCUCCAGCUCCACCUCCGGCGGCAGAGGGAGAGAUACAGCCGGUGGCCCCGGCUGCGGCGGCAGAGGGACAGGGGCAGGCGGUGGCCCCGGCUCCGGCUCCGGCUGCGGCGGCGGAGGUGGAGGGCGCGAACGCGAACGCGCCGCCGCCCGGGGUGGUGAUGGUGGACCUGAUGGGGGCGCCGGGGACGCGCUGGGGGCUCGGCACCCGCCUCGCGCAGGCGCUCCUCGCGGCCGCCGCCAUCGGCUUCAUGGCCUCCACCGACGACUUCAACGAGGUCACCGCCUUCCGGUCAGUGCUCCCUCCCACUCCGCAUCUU